GACCGGUCUAGAAGGCUUGAUGAGUGCCAGAGACCUUGAGCCGGGCCGUCGUCCAAGACCGUUUGGAUGCACCCUUUAAAUCCUUUCCUCCGUGCCUUCUUCCGAAGCACUGUUCCGGGCCAGUGUAUACCCAUCGAGAAUCAUGUUCUCCUCGUGCCCGUGACAGAAUCUCUCGUUGGGUCGCGCGACCGCGAGUCCUCCCUCUACUACUCGGACCUGGUUGUUUCGGAAGAAUUCCUUGGGAGCCAUACCUUGCGUAUACCAGUCGCUACGGGGACUGGUGGGGGGAAGGAUGACUCGAAUAUGCGAGACAGCAGAAGCAAGGCCAAGCAAGUAGCAACGGUAAAUGGUCGCACUGUGAUUAUCAAGGAGAACUCUGUCUACAGCAAUAAAGGUUUCAAGUCCCUAAGCCAAGCUCAGUUGGUGUCUGAUGCGUUAUAUUAUCCCAACAGCAAUGACUCCCAGCCAUGGCUUAUUUAUUAUAUCUCCCGCCCAUUGAUCGGCUCAUUUGACCCCGGAAGGAUCAUUACUGCUGUGGUGCCAGGGGCACAACCAAAAAUCCAUGCCGUGGGUAGUGGAAUUAAAUCCGGCGAGCCAGUCUCCUCGCCCCAGAAAAAGGAGAUCAAAACAUUCGGAGAAUUGCUGGCAAACUUUCCGAUGAUCGCUAGACAGAUGCAACCUGGCAUGGAACGGCUGUUCAAGGAAUUUGGGAAAGAACUCGGAAAACCUCUACCUCCACCACCAUCGCGAUCCCCUGUGAUGUUCGAAGAAUUUGAACGCAAGCAGAACCGUGAACCAUCCUUUGAUGAGGCUGCUUCUAUUCGCUCCACACGCAGCAGGGAAGGACUUCCAUUCAAUUCCGAGGAGUACUUCGAGGAUGACGAAGACUUAAUGCGUCGCAGCCUCGAGACAGCGGUCACUGCUGCCAUUGACCUGUUUCGGUUGGUGGACAAACAACAGCUGUCUUUCCUCGGCGCCACCACCGAUCUUACUGGCCCAUUAGUCGAACGGCUCAUUGAACGUUAUGUGGCGGAGCAGGUGCAUGAAAACCUACUCUUCCCUCGACUUUGCAAAUUUCGACUGCCGGAGGAUGCCGAACUAGAUUCCCGAAUCCGGUACAUGGAAAACAUUGACAUCUCUCAAGUGGGUAUUGCGGUGGAAGGAGGACGGGAAGGCAAGCGGGAGUUAUUGCAAAGGCUCGGCAGAGCAGUUGAAGAAUUCCGCAAAAUGCUCGAUGCCAAGUGCCCUCACGACAUGCUAAACACCUUGCUUGAGACGGUUAAGAUCCUGUCCUACCCUGGCAGCUAUGACAGAACAGAUUCGCACUCGUCAGAAAAGCAAUUUGUGCCUGUGACCAUCAACGCAGAUAUUCUCGUCUCGUUGUUGCUUGUCGUUGUAAUAAGAUCUCAAAUCAAGAAUCUGCAGGCCCGCUUGAUGUACAUGCAACACUUCAUCUAUAUUGAUGAUGUUGACAGUGGGGAAAUGGGCUAUGCACUGAGCACGCUUGAGGCUGUUCUUACUUAUUUGGUAACGGAUUCCGCCGGCCUUCGAAGAGCGAGUGUCAGGAACAAACGCUUAUGGAAUGCUACCAAGCAUGGGCGCGUUGUUGACAUGAAAGCAAUCCUGGAGCCCAACGGGGAUCAAGAAUCAAUAGAUGACAUCCCUUGUGAACCCGAGGAACGGGUGGUAGCUUUCAAGACAGGAGACGAUGAGGACUCGAGCCCUAUUUCCCAUCUGCCUUUGCCAAUACGUGAUGGCGUGUCCAAUACAUUUGGCGAUGAUGGAACGAUAGCUCCUGGUGCUGACUCUGAAGCCCCUCCGCUCUCCCACGUCUUCCCCUUCCAGACAUGGGCGAACAUUUCGCCUCCAAUCGAAGUGCGACGUCCCAUCAAGAAAGUCUCAAUGGACGUGCGUAGCCUGUCCGAGUCAUCGGCCAUAUCGCUCAUAUCCCGGACAACUACCUUGGAGUCCAUCACAAGCGCAAUCGAAGGCGAUAGCUCUAUUGAGACCCUAACCAAGACGCAGGAUCCUUCUGGCGAUUCUAUUCCAAUGAUGGCGGUCGAGAGUCGCCAACCGGAGGCUCUGAAAUACCUACUUAGCCUGCAAGAAUAUUACCCUUUGGAGGAUAUUCUCGAAGAUUCGAACACGGAAGGCACAACACUGCUGAGUGCUGCAGUUCAGCUUGCUCACACUGACAUUGUGGACAUUCUGAUGGAUUACCUUUUUAGUGCAACUGAUAAGCACACCAUCGCAUCGUACAUGCAGAAGUCCGAUAUGCAUGGACGUACGGUUGCUCAUUACUUGUUCAGCACACCGUCAGUGAUGCAUAGGCUCGAGGGGCUCCUCCCAUGGUGCCAACGGGACAAGCAUGGACAAACACCACUCUUCGCACUGUGCCGUUCUUACGACCACCCCGAUUAUAAGUCAAUGGUGAUUGAAGCCCUGAACGCGGCCCAGAAAGCCCAAGGAGACGGCAAACCCUUGCGUCUUGACGAACAUAUCGACUCGAAAGGCAACACGUUGCUUCAUAUUGUUAGUGAUCCCGAGAUUACAGUCCGGAUCUUACAAGGGUGUGACUGUGACCCCAAUGCGACAAAUGACAAAAGAUUCACGCCACUCAUGAUGGCGAGUAAAUACGGACGCAUCGACCAAGUCCGAAUACUGUUUGCAGACGCUCGAGUAGAUGUUCACCUCAAAGAAAGUCGCGGGUUGACCGCCGUCGAGUUGGCAAAGGACGAUGAGGUUCGCAAUCGCAUUGAUGAUCUCAUACUUUUGUCUACGCCUCCUUCCGUGUACGAUGAGCAGUCGGACCGAGUGACGACCGUUGUUCGCUCCUACUUCGUUGAAGAUGCAACCGUUCGAUUCGUUCUGAAAUCCGGUGCGCCUAAUCCGACUGCGAACUCCCAGGAAUCUCGACCUGCGUCAGGCACAACGUACACCGUUACGACAUGUCGCCGCACCUUCUCCGAUUUUGAGAAUCUUGCCCGAUGCCUUUCGACCGAGCAUCCAGCCUCAUACAUGCCAUCAUUGUCAGACUUUCGUAGCCCUUUCCAGAUCCAUUCGAAGCCGUCUCGUUCCGUGCUUCACGACAUGCAAGAAAAACUGGACAAGUUUCUGAAGGCCCUACUGUCUCAUCCGACCUUCGCGACCCACGAAAUGCUCUGGGAGUUCUUUCUUGUUCCGGAGCUGCAGCCGGACAUGAUGGCCGACAGAUCGCACCGGAAGGCCCAAGUUCUUGCGGAGUCAAUCAUGGACGAUUAUGCACCAGUCACCCCGGAAAGUAUGCGAGAAACCGAACAGUUUGUCUCGCAUGCUCAAGACAUGGUUCGUGCCAUUCACGUGAACACUCGCAGCCUGAUUCGUCGUGGCCACGCUCUGCAAAAUUCUGCGUCUGAUAUGGCAGACGCUUUAGCUCUCUGCUCCACCUCCAUCUCUACUCUUAAGGAACCGACGCAGGCACUCCCUCGGUCUCAUGUCGAGGCAUUCAUCCGCUACGCUUUAUGUCUCUCAACCUCAUCCUCUGACUCAUCUCCGCUACUCCAAUUUGUCGCCGCUUUCACCUCCAUUGACAACACCACCACUGCUGUUCUCGCCUCCCUUUCCCGCCCUAUUGGGCUCAUCUCCAAUCUAGCUUCCACGAACCGAAAUCUCUCCCGAUCUCGCUCGUCACUGCUGUCGUCAUCUCUCCCACGGAAAUUCAACCUCAACUUCCCCGGGUUAGAAGAGUCGCGACAAAAGUCCGUUCGUGAAUUGGAAGGCAAGAUCCAGGAAUCCGAAGCGCAGGUGGCGCGUCUCUCCCAUGAGAUCACGUGGAACAAGGAUGUAGUUGUCGGGGAACUCGCGGGCUGGACUUCAUGGCGAGAGAAGAUAGGACGGGACGCGAUUCGUUCCUUUGUCAAGGCCACCUUGGUCCGUGAGAAGGAACGUGGGAGGAGGCUUGAGCGGUGUUUGAGGAGUGUGCAUGAGAUGCAUUAAUGCGAUGCGGCUUUAUAGUUGCCCGACUGUCAUAUUACGCAUUGCGGGGAAGUGGUGAUGGGCAGUGGGGCCAUGCCAACUACCAAGUAACUAUAGAUUAUCCUUAAGAAUUCCAUGUAGAAGCUACGGUACCGUCC